ACCAGAAGAUCAGAUCAGACCCACGCAAAUCACUUCCCCAUUCCCUCGCCGCCGCCGCCGCCGCCGCCGCCCCGUCGAUCUCCUCCUCCGCGGCGGCGCCGCCAUGCUCCGGCUCCGCCACACCGUCCUCUCCCAGCUCCUCUCGUCUUCCCCCGCCUCUCCCAUCUCCCACCUCAGCCGCCUCUUCUCCGCCGUCUCCCCGAACCCUAGCUUCGCCGUGGAGGAGUAUCUCGUCGCCACCUGCGGCCUCACCCGACCGCAGGCCCUCAAGGCCUCCGCCAAGCUCUCCCACCUCAAGUCCCCCGCCAAUCCCGACGCCGUCCUCGCCUUCCUCGCCGGCCUCGGCCUCUCCGGCGCCGACGUCGCCGCCCUCGUCGCCAAGGACCCGCAGUUCCUCUGCGCCAAAGUGGAGAGAACCCUGGCCCCCGUCGUCGCUGGGCUCACCGGCCUCGGCCUGUCACGUUCUGACAUCGCGCACCUCGUCUCGCUCUCCCGUGACAAAUUCCGAUGUAGAUCCAUGGUCUCAAAUCUGCAGUACUUCCUGCACCUCUUCGGCUCCUUUGAGAACCUCCUCCCUGCUCUCAGGCGCGGCUCAUGCUUUUUCUCAGCCAACAUUGAUACAGUGGUCAAGCCCAAUGUUUCGUUCCUGCGAGAGUGCGGGCUAGGUGACUGUGACAUUGCCAAGUUGUGCAUCGCCGAGCCAUGGCUGCUCGCCUCAAACGUAGAGUGCGUGCGGGAAAUGGUGGCACGCGCCCAAGGUAUUGGUGUGCCCUGUGGCUCUCGGAUGUUCAGGCACGCGUUGCGGGCUGUUGCAUUCCUUAGCAAGGAGAAAAUUGCCGCCAAAGUGGAGCACUUGAAGAAGACGUUCAGGUGGUCUGAUGCCGAGGUGGGCAUUGCUUUGUCCAAGCUUCCAAUUGUGCUGGUGAGGUCUAACCAGAUGCUGGAGAGCAGGUCAGAGUUCCUAAUCUCUGAGGUGGGGUUUGAGCCAGCAUACAUUGCUCAUCAUCCGGCAUUGCUCACGUACAGCCUGGAGGGCCGGAUCAUACCCCGGUACUAUGUUGUAAAGUUUCUUAAGGAAAAUGGACUGCUGGAUCACAACCGGAGCUACUAUUCUGCAGUCAUGGUGAUGGAGAAAGUAUUCGUGGACAAGUACAUAUGCCCUCACAAGGAAGUUGCACCAUACCUUGCUGAAGACUAUGAUGCCGCUUGCAGAGGGGAGGUGUCAACUAGAUUCAAAUUUACAUGAAAAAUGAAGAUGUGCUGAAACUGGAUGCAGAUGCAUGGUUCCCUUUUUGUUCUUCCAGGAGAUCGACAAAGCAGGGCGCUCGGACUCUGCUAUCGUAUAUGUGAUUCUGAAGGUAUUUGUGGACUUGACGCCUUGCGUGAAGAAGCCCCUAUUUUUGUCCUUUUGAAUUUUUCAAUUUCAGUAAACCUUCUUUCUAGUAUUGUCCUAGAGAUUGUUAGUACGCAAGGUGGCACGUGCGUAGCUGCAGCCUGCCUGCUGGAUUCGUCAGUUCAACUGAGCCAACCUGAACAAAUAAACAAGUUGAAUGAACCACCAACAUUCGUGCUUUGGUUAAUUUGUAGAUUGAGCUUCGUGCAUUUUUGCUUAAGACAUGUUGGACGUAACCAAUUGAAAGAUCCAUGCAUGUAAACAAUCAAUUAGUGUGUGUGCUCUGAAUCUGAAUCUGAUCUGAUUAGUUAACUCUGAACCUUUGAGCCACCCAAGUGAAGCUAUCUAUAGUAACUGCUUAAAUGCUACAGCCAUGUUUGUUUUACUCGAAUCAGAGCUGAAAAAUGAACAAGAAUCUUAAAACAAAGUUGGUCAUUAAUGCUAAUACGGUAAGAACGUGAUGUUUUGUAGUAUUCAGCAAAUCUUCAAGUAUCAUUGAUGAGUAUAUCUGCACACUCUGUAUCUCUAUGUUCUCGAUAGCCAUUGCAGUUUUCAAUGCAAUCCUCAGUUUUUCUUUCAGUGAAUGAAUCUACAUUGUUAUGUCAUGAUUUAUGCCCAGCAAAUGGCUAGAGUAUGUACUCUUGGUUCAGCGUGGUAUCCAGUCUGCCUAGAUGAUCUCAGGUGUUACAUUUGUAGUCUAUGCUAUAUCAAACCAGAGUUACUUUAGGCAAUAACAAAUGCAAACUGGCUUCCAUUAUAUGGGAUUUAUCUUUUAGUGUUGAAAAAAUAUAUCUUCAGAACUAUGCCGAGCUUCUACUACUGACCGUUAUGAAGAUAUUAUACUAUGUUUUCUCCAUACGCUCCCAAAAUGGGGCAUAUUACUGGAUGGCAACGAAUCUGAAAUUUUCUGUCAUGAGAAGAUUGCUAAAUCUAUUCUGCAUAUUUUUUUAAUUUUUGUGCAUGCUAUCUUUUGCUUCCACGGCUUGUGUGCUUCAGAACUCGUGUUUUCAUUCAGGCAUGUAUGUGCUUCAUAAUCCAAAACUUCCGUUCUCAAUUUGUUAGCUUAUGAGAUGACAACGAAAUUGUAUCUUGUUACUUCUCUUGCAAAGUCAGGUGUGUUCAUCUAUAGUAGUUUGAUCCACCCUAAUGCUUGAGAGCUAUAGUAGCGGUCCAUUGAUUUCAAAUAAGUACUCAUGCAGUUGAGCUAUUAAUAAUUUAGGACUCCUACUGAAGAGAUACUCCUAUAAUUCAGUGUAAGGGCAUAUUUAUCCUAAGAUGUUUUGGCGAUUUAUGACAAUACUUUUGCGGACUAAUCGUAUGCAUUGAGUUUUUUCAGAGAUUCAUCCCUUUGGCACGAGACGAUUCCCUUCCCUCGGAGUUUGAAGCGAAGAUGGUGUAGUCCUUUCGAAUUAGUUUGGUGGAUUAGUUUUGUAGGAGUCACCAUACUAUCAAGAGGGGGUCCGCUUUGGUAAGGCUAGGGUGGAAUCAACACGUACACAUCCUCUUUACACCCUCUGAGCCUUUCUGCUUCAUUGGAGUUUUCUUCCUUUCUCUUUGGGCUGAGUCUGGUCCCAGCGGUAGUACCGCGGUACCCAGCGAUAGUACCGCUUAGGGGUCACAAGCGGCAGUACCGCUCCGCAGCGGUAGUACUGCUGGUGGGUCCUCAUCUGUAGUACCGCUACGGUACUAGGUCCCUACCGCGUCGACUCGAGGGGUCAUUUUUUGUGUUGGAUAGUGCGGUACUUCGCAGCGGUAGUAGGGCGGCAGUACUGCUCACGAGCGGUAGUACCGCCCAACCACUGCGGCAGUACCGCUCGGGUCUGUCAUUCUCCUGCCCUUCAGACUCCACGGUAGUACCGCCCGGGGGAGCGGUAGUAUCGCCCUCUACGGGGCUGUUGUGGGGGGUAACGGUUGGAUUGUUCCCCCCAUUAUAUAAGGAGGUCUUCUUCCCCAAAGUUGACCUACCUCUUUCCCCAAAAGCUCCAUUGUUGCUC